AUGAGAGAUGAGGGACGGGGAGGAAGGAGGUCCGUGCGAGUAAGGUCGGAUGAGGAAGGGAGGUGGGGGUUUAGGGAGGAAAGACAUGAGCGAGGCGCAUCGCCUGAUGAUAGUCCAGACUAUCGGGAUGGUGAUGGUUACUGGAAGAGACGAGGGCGUGAAUCUGGGGACAUUUGUGGGAGAAGAAUUGGGGGACGACAUGAAAAAGGGGAGGAGCACGUUGGACAGGAGAGGGAACAGAGGUUUGAUGGGACAUGCGGGGAUGGUUCGGUGCAGGGAAGUGGGCACACGGAGGUGCAAAGGGGAAAAGAACACAGGAAGAGGUCUAGGCAGGAUGAUGCCGAUGCGGAGCAGAAGGGCAUUGAUGACUCUGACCUUCUUACUUUCCUCAAGACUAGGGCCAAGAGAGGCAGAGGAGCCAUUGGAUCCAGGGCUGAUGCAUGGGGAUCGGAGCCACCUUCUGUACUCGCAGGCGUGCAGGGAGGCGCAGAGGAGGGGAGUGGAGCAGUGGGCAUGCUGCUGGCGCGAGUGAGGGAGGAGUGGGAGGACAGCGUGGUUGCUGGAAAGGACCUCCGCUGUUUCUUCCAAAUUCUUGGCGCCCCUUUGAACACCUUUCCCCCUCUCCCGUCCCCCUCUCUCGUCCCCCUCUCCCCUCUCCUAUUCCUCUCUUCCCCACCCCCCACCCUCUCUUCCCCUCUGCCUCCUCCCGUCGUGGCCGUGCAGGAGCUAUACACGAACGUGACGUGGCCGCUGUACCGCAAAUACGGACACGCGUUCGAGGCGUUCAAGCUGGUGGUGACGGAUCCAGACGCGGUGCUGGGGGGACUCACCAAGGAGAUCACUGAGACAGGCGAAGACGGCAAGGAGGUGAAGAGGGAGGUGCCGGCAAUGCCAGAGGACGUGAAGGCGAACCUGAUUGCCAACAUCCGGCGCAGAAUGACCCCGCAGCCCCUCAAGAUCCGAGCCGACAUCGAGCUCAAGUGCUUUCACUACGACGGCGUGCUGCACAUCAAGGACGCCAUGCGCCGCGCGGAGCAGGAGAGCGAGGAGGACUGUGCGGUGCGCAUUGUGCUUGUGGCGCCGCCGCUCUACGUCCUCACCACCUUCACACUCGCCAAGGACAAGGGCAUAGCGGUGUUGGAGCGGGCCAUCAGAGCAGCGAGUGAGGAGAUCGACAAGCAUAAGGGCAAGCUCACAGUCAAGGAGGCGCCGCGAGCGGUGAGUGACCGUGAUGACCGGUUGCUGGCAGAGCACAUGCAGAAGCUCACAGAUGCCAACGCUGAGGUGGAUGGGGACGUGGACAGCGAGGAUGAGGACGAGGGCAUGGGCUCUGUUGACAUUGACAACGCCGGUCUCACCGAAUAG